UCCAGUUCUGGAGGACAAACGGGGAUGUCAAAGUUAGUGCCAUUUUUACGAGGUGUGACCCGCAAAGGGUCAUCAUCUGGCACAAUGUAUAUUGGACAUGUUGUGCAAAGGGGUGUCGCAAGACCAGACACACUGAAAGUACAGACAAACAAGAUGAUUCUUGACAGAGAUUUGAAAAAAUAUUUCUCCAAUCGAAGGUUCAUAUGGGCUGAAGAAAAUUCCAUGGACUGUCUUAUUGGUGACAUUGUGUUGCUUAAAUCACUUCCAAAAAGUGAGGAGAAAACAAGAGUGACACAUGAAGUCGAUCGUAUUGUGUUCAAAUUAGGAUGUGUGAUUGAUCCUGUCACCGGUCGCCGUUGCAGGGGGACAGAGUUUGUGGACGAGGCUGAUGUAGGAUCAGAAAAACCAUUAGUGAUUGAGGAAAUAAAAUGAUAGAGAAUUAUGAAAGCACUAUUGUAAUGAUAUGUAUUUUGAAUAUGUAACAAAUGAAAAAAUUGUGAUUUGUUAUAUUGAAAUACCAGAUUUAGAAUUCCAAGAUAAUACAGCGAUGCAUUGACUACACAAAAUUAUUACAGCUUCAGUGUAUAUGCGUAGGUGAAUCAAUAGUAUUUAUACAUACUAAAUCUGUUAGUUUUCUUGACUAUGUCAAAAUCAGAAAGCUGUACAAUUGGAUGUGAAAUAAAGACUAUCAAUACAUAUAACUAAUUCACAAUAAGCAUCUACAUGUGUAAUGUACAUUUUACCUCAUUAAUAAGAGUGACUGAGUGUGUGCAGAUUUUUACUUACAUGGUGAAAAGUAUUAAAAUAUACAAAAAAAAUUUGUAUAAAAAGUAAA